AUGCAUCGAAUUUCUAUCAUCAUUCCUGGUUACAAUACUGGGGUAUAUCUGGGCGAAUGUGUUUCGUCCAUUCGAGAGAAUUCAGUCGGCGUUGAGCUUGAAGUAAUUAUCGUCGACGACGGUUCGACUGAUGAGACGACCAUCCGUUUGCUAAAUCAAUUCGACUCGGAGCCGGAUCUCAAGGUCAUCCGCCAUGGGCAAAACCGUGGCGUCCAAGCUGCUCGCAAUACAGGCCUAAAGUCAGCGACGGGCGAUUUUGUCGUUUGUGUGGACGCCGAUGAUGUCCUGCUCCCAACCUCGGAGCACGGAGGUUAUCUAUCUGCCGGAGCGCAGAUGCUCUCUGAAAGCCCCAGCAUUGCAUUCGUGCACACAUUGUCGAACAUGUUUGGGGACUUCAAUGGGUUGACCAUAUCCUCGUAUCCUCUGCGCGAAGAAAUGGUGGCUCGGAAACACCACGUACCAACCCAUAUCAUGUAUCGCCGCAGCGAAAUUUCAAAUGGCUUGCAUUACUUGGAGACCGUGACCAAAUGGCAAGACUGGGCAUUUAGCGUUUCUUUGCUCGCGCGCAGAUGGGCGCGGGACGAAAGUUUGGAUAUUGGAUUUAUCAAAGGCCCCGGGUAUGGGUACCGCAUUCAUUCCACAACGGCUCGGGUUUCGAGGGCUCAGGUUUCGGAGUACGAUGCCACCAAGAUCGUGGUAGAGAGCUACCAAGACUACUUUCGAUCAAGAUUUCCUAACGUCAACAACACUAUCGACGCCCUGACUGCAGCUGUGAUGGCUUCAAAGCCGACUGCGCUCGAGGAUCUGCUAUAUGUGGCGUCUUUCGACUUGGAACAGGCGUUGAGCAUGGCCAGGGGUCGCGAGUACCAAGUCCAUUCAGCGCACGUCGACCGGCUUGGUAUUCCCUAA